AUGACAGAUGGGGAGCUGGCCAGCGCGCUCGAGGGCGUGCUGGAGGGGAAGGCCGGCGACUCGCUCAAGACCCCUGCCCCCGCUGCCGCGACUGCCGCGCCGCGGGUGGGUGGCGCGCAGGGGGAGGCGGCUGCAAGGCAGAGCCUGCUGGACGGUCAGAAAACGCUCCAGAGGGAGUUCGAGGCCCUGGCGGGCAGGGUGCGCGUGGGGCUGGAUGAGGGGCACGCUCCGGCGCCGUCGGCCCCAGAGCAGCUCAAUGGCCCCAGCCAGGGGCUGGGCCCCCCAGCGGACCUGCCACUGCCCGCGCCAGACCACCCAGGUGUCCCCCAGGGCCCCGGACCAGGUGAAUCUCUCUUUUCAGGAAGCCCUAGCGUGGCCAGCGCCGCGACAGAGGCGGUGCGGGGCUUUGCCCGGGCCACGACCACAAUCCUCCGCGGCGCUUCGGAGUGGGCGACCGUUGGGCUGCACGGCGCCAUCACCCGGCUGGAGAACAUCCCAGACAGACAAAAGGUGGCCGGCGGCGCCGUGCUGGGCCUGGGCGCGGCUGCCCUCCUCGCCCUCGGCCUGUGGCGAGGGUCGUCGGAUGGCGCCAGCUCGGGGCGGGAGGAGCUGCGCAUGUCGGUCCUGGGGACCCACACUGGCCGGGCGCAGGACGUGCCUCAGGCAGCCACACAGCUCUUCACCCCCGCAGGAUUGCACGUGCUGCUCGUCGAUGACGACCCGAUGUGUUUGAACGUCGUCUCCGCCAUGCUGCGACGCUGCAACUAUGAAGUCAUCACGGCAUGCAGCGCGGGCAUGGCCUUGCAAAUGCUCCAGGACAGCAAUACGUCUGCUCACAUAGACCUGGUGCUCUGCGACGUCUACAUGCCGGACAUGGAUGGCUUUGAGCUCCUGGAGAUCGUGGGCCUCAGCCUGGGCAUCCCCGUGAUCAUGAUGUCUGCCACAGGCGACACCGAGGUGGUGCUGAAGGGCGUGACACACGGCGCCGUCGACUUCCUCAUCAACCCCGUCCGCCUGGAAGAGCUACGCAACGCGGCGCCGGUGGCAGCUAGCCCCCGCGUCGGGGCCCCAGCUGCGGUCCACAACGCGGAGGCUAGCGCCGGGUCCCAGAGCGGGGGCGGCGAGGAAAGCGGGAGCGGGGGCCCCCAGGCGCCCGUCGGCACCUGGGCCAGCCACGAGCUGCGCGGCGACGAGCGCGGCGACGAGCGAGGCGACUCGCUGGACCAUGGCAGCGGGCCGGCCUCCGACUCACGGCACCGCCAGCCGCGCAAGCCGCGAGUGUUUGCCAUGGCGGUGGCCCAGCUGGGGAUCGACAAGGCGGUGCCCAAGCGCAUCUUGGAGCUCAUGGGAACAAAGGGUCUGACCCGCGAGAACGUCGCCAGCCAUCUCCAGAAGUACCGCAUGUACCUGAAGAAGGUGCAGCAGAGCGACAGCUCGCGCGGCGCGACGGGGCAAGACGCCGCGUCCAUCGGCAGCGCCUUCAUGCUGAGCGAGGGAGAGAGCAUGGCCAGCGAGCCCACCGCCGCGGCCUCCCUGGCCACCGAUCUGGCCAGCCCGCUGCGUGGCAACCCGGCCUCCGGCGUGGGGCUGGGGCCGGGGGCGGGGAGUGCGGGCGCGCGGCAGGCGGACCCCCGAUCAAGCGACGCCUCCGACCCGGUCAUGCCCGGCGGGCUCUUUCCUUUCCCCCUCCAGCCGUACCAGGUGCACCAGGGCUGGGCUCCCGAGUCCAUGCCCGGAGCCCACAUGCAGCAGUACGGGGGCCCUUCGGCCGCCGCCUCGCUGCAGAUGGGCGGCGGCCGGAUGCCGCCCUGGAUGGGGAUGCCGCAGGCAGCGAUGCACAUGGCCAUGGUGCGGUGA